UAAAACCAGUGCAGGAUGGUGGGGGGUACAGGUUUUGCAGUGGUUUGAGAGGCGACCCUGUGCACACUUACCUGGGGGUUAAGCCCCACGGAAGCCCAAAUAAACAUGACAAGGGUUGUGCUCUUGGAAGUGUAUGCAGCUAUAAAUUACCAGUUAUCUGUAUUCCGCGUGACAUAAUUUGGGAGAACAUAUAUGAGAGAGGGUCUUCUUCCCUUUUCUCACCCCCCCCCCGAGAAUUAAACUAUAGUAUUGCUGGACUGUAACAAUGUUACUUGGGGCCUAGGUUUUGUUAGUUUUUUUAAAGGUCACUCAGCUCCUUCACUUCAGAAGGCAGCAUAUCAUUUAACUGGAAUGCUUAAAUGUGGAUUUUAGUCUACUGUUGGUUUUAUCUCUCACAGUAGGUUAUAGAAGAAAGUUUAAGUUGUCUAUGUUGCGGGAUAGAAGUGUGGUUAACUGAUAAAGCCCUUGCUAAUCUGUACUUUUCUUUCAAAAAAACAAUUACCAGCGUCAGUGUUGUGCGUCAGAUUGCCUUGUAAUAUAAGAUAAGUGUCUGCGUAUGUUAGAAUGUUUAGUCUGUUUUAGAAUUCUGAUAAGUGUUGAUUCAGCAAUGUUCCCUUGAUUUCAUUCAGCAAUGUUCCCUUGAUUUCAGUAGAGCUUACUUCCAAGUAAGCAUUUUGACCUAAAACAUUUUCUGAGUGGUAAAUAAAAAGAAUUACUGUACUAUUACAGUACUACAUUGGAAUAUGAGAAUCAAUAGGAGUAGGGAGGUGGGACUAAUACAUAAACCCACAAUAGCUGAAUAUGGAAGAGAGCCCUCUGUGUACACAAGAGUACUGUUUUAUUGUAGAAAUUCAAAUAUCACAAUGUAAUAGGAAGCAUCCAUUAGGUUCAGAUAACAUGGGUGUGCAGGUUGGUCAUUCUGAGAACAUAAAGUGCCCUGCUGAAUCAGACUAAAGGCCUCUCUAAUUGAGUAUCCUGUUUCUCAGAGUGGCCAACCAGAGUGUUAGGGUUGUUCAAAUGGAGAGUACAUUAACUUUCAGUUUAAAGUUCACCUCAACAGGGGCAACAACCUGUGGUUCCUUUACCAGGGAAUGUUGUGGAGAACUUAAUUUGUCAUUUCCUACUGUUCUGCAAUUUGUUUGUUUUUUGUUUGCUUAUGUUCAGUUUAGAGAAUCAGGUUUCAUUUAGUUUUGUCCUCAGUUGCUAGUAGAUCAGAAAUUGAGGGAGAAUUUGUAUGAUUUGGAAAAUCUGCAGGUUGAGAGUAAGUGCUGGAUGUGGGGAGGUGAAGUUCACAGAGUGUGUAUUAGGUUGGUAGAAAUUGCUUCCAAAAAACGGAUUUCUCUGAAUCAAGACAAAAUGAAUGGAUCAUCACUGCUGCUGCGAUUUCCACUCUGUUUUCUUCAGAGAAGGUUUCCUAAUAGUCUUGACUAUUGCUGGAGGUCCAGCCCUGUAUCUGCUUUUUCAUGUGCCCAACAGCUGAAUUCAUUACAACAGUGUUCUUCAAGGAGGAUGAUAUCUUCAAAGGGCUUGAACACAGGCCUCUGUUAUCCAGCAGUGUUGGAACAUCAGACACUCUCUGACCAGGAACAGAGACUUCUAGACAAAUUGUACAAUGGAUUAAUUCAAGGACACAGGGCCUGCCUGGCAGAAGCCAUUACUCUCGUAGAAUCCACACACAGCAGGAAGAAGGAGAUUGCACAGGUGCUCCUUCAGAAGGUACUAUCCUACCACAGAGAACAAGAGCAGUUAAAUAAAGGAAAGCCACUAGCCUUUAGAGUGGGAUUGUCUGGACCUCCUGGUGCUGGGAAAUCAACAUUUAUUGAAUGCUUUGGGAAAAUGCUCACUGAAAGAGGACACAAAGUGUCUGUCUUGGCAGUGGACCCAUCCUCUAGCACCAGUGGUGGCUCACUCUUGGGUGAUAAGACGAGAAUGACCGAGUUGUCAAGAGAUAUGAAUGCUUACAUCAGGCCCUCUCCAACCAGAGGAACGCUAGGAGGUGUAACGCGGACCACAAAUGAAGCCAUUCUGCUGUGUGAAGGAGGAGGCUAUGACAUAGUUCUUGUAGAAACAGUAGGUGUGGGUCAGUCGGAGUUUGCUGUUGCUGAUAUGGUUGAUAUGUUUGUAUUGCUACUGCCACCAGCAGGAGGUGACGAGCUGCAGGGUAUCAAGCGAGGUAUAAUUGAGAUGGCUGAUCUUGUUGCUGUAACCAAAGCUGACGGAGAUCUAGUUGUACCGGCACGGAGAAUUCAAGCAGAAUACGUCAGUGCUCUGAAAUUACUCCGUAAGCGCUCAAAGGUUUGGAGCCCAAAGGUAAUACGAAUCUCUGCCAAAACUGGAGAAGGCAUCUCUGACAUAUGGGAUAAGAUGACAGAAUUCCGAGACCUCAUGCUUACAAGCAGCGAGUUGAUGACCAAACGAAGGAGACAGCAAAAAGUGUGGAUGUGGAAUGUAAUCCAAGAAAGCAUGCUGGAUCAUUUCCGGAGUCACUUGGCAGUGAGAGAUCAGAUUCCACUUCUGGAAGAAAAGGUUGUCAGUGGAAUUCUCUCUCCAGGGCUGGCUGCAGACCUAUUGCUCAAAGCUUUUAAAGAAAGAUCUUAACAUUCACCUUUGUGCAUGACCUGAUUUUCACCAAUUACCUGUACAUUACAAACAGUUUCCUAAGGCAUAAAUUGUUCUACUUCAGUGAA